AUGUCAGUGCCAGAACCAGAAUCGGACUCCAGCCCAGGGGAAGUGCCAUCGAACACCUUGAAACAUCGCAUUUGGCCUGACAGGUCGACUCAAACAUUGUACAACUCGUGGUCAACACUCAUUCCCACUCUCGUCGAAGCCCAACUCCAAUACUCCGCGCGAACGCAUGGCAAACCCUUAGAGAGAAUCCAGAAAGUCGUCUCAGCGUGUAGGACUCUCAGGUGCGCAUUAAAACGGACAAGUCUUGUAUGUUUGUUUUUAGACCUCCUUAUCCACCAUGGCUUGUUCCCAACAGCACCUUCGCAGCCUCGAAUGGCAGUCUCCCUUGAAUUACUAUCCUUCUACCGGACGUUGUUUGAGCGUUCCUGCGACGCAAUUAACGCGCUUACAUACGCUCUCAAGACAUAUUACUCGCGUAGAGGCUUCCGAUUGACAGACUCCAAGGGUGACGAAAUACGAGAACCUUUUCGUCGCGGCCUUGGCCAUGCGGUGCAAUGGUACGACAUUCUGCAAAUUGAAGUUGAGCGCCAAAUCGAAGACCUUCUCGAACGAUGCCGGGAUCAAGUUACACGCACUUCCUCACCAUCUUGCAACCCCGCCAUCUCUCAUGACAUAGACCCACCAUCCACCCCCUUCCCGUCGGUGCUACCCCAAGGCCGGUGUUUGUCAAUUCUUGCGCAGCGAUGUCCUGCGUGUUUUGGUGGAAUAUUCCACGGAAAACUGAUUGAGGAAGGCGCUGACAUACAUGUUGCGACUGAUGGAAACUUCCAUCACCGGCAUAGGCGCUCAGCGGGUGAUUGCCCACAUUUUUAUAACCCUACUUACUUUCUCCCAAAAGGGUUUGUUGAUGAGGUCGGCUGCCGAAUUGACGCCCAACGUAAACGAUCUCCUAAGGCACGCAACCCCCUUGUACCGGAUGAAGCUAUCGACUUGUGUGAAGGUGCUUAUGAAGCAGCUGAUGGGAAGAAACAGAAAGCGGCCAUGGACAGUUUUGAUGAUACAGGAGUUAUGGCCCUCAUUUGUCGCCAUGACAUUCCAUUGUUUUUCACUAACAUAGAUUCUCCCGGCGAACAGCAAAAAUAUUCCAUCGCGCUUCUCCAACACUUGUUUUCGUUACUGCCUCCCCAGGCUACUGUUACUCUACUAUACGACGUUGGGUGCGUUCUCGCGCGAUCGCUUUCUAAGCAUGAGAUACUUCCUGAAGAUGUGACCAACCGUCUCCGUUUCGCUACCACAGCCAUGCACGCCUACGGGCACGAGUGGGCGUGCCAGUUGGUAUAUAAUCCGAGGAUGUGCGUUGGCCUCGGCUUGUCUGACGGAGAAGGUACAGAAAGACUGUGGUCGCGGUUUGUUCGGUUAAUCGGUGUCGAAAGGUCGUCUUCGCGCCAACGUCGGCUAUGGCUGCUUGAUCGUCAGGCAGCUGCAAUCGGACAGGAGAUGCGCAUCGACCUUGGUGAUUGGAUCAAGCGUCGUCUAAGACGUGGUAUCAAGGAUCAAGGAGCGGUGGCACAAGAAACCCUCACUAAAUGUCGAAUCCCUAUCGAAGAACUGCGGUCACAAUGGCUCCAUCAACAGAAAUCACAACUGUCCAUCCGCACUCAUGCACCUGCUCGACUUAAAAAAGAGUUGGACAUUGUCCUCUCUUUACAAACUGACCUCGACACCUCACACAAGGCACUCCAGGCCGCUAAAUCCAUUUUGGGCAAAGAGUCGGCAUCUGACGACACAAUACAAGCUCUUGAGAGUCUUACCAACGGACACGACCGCUUGAUAACCAAGGUGGAAACACUCUACGUGUCGCUUAACAUUCACGACAGGUUUCCUGAGCUCCAGGGCAUCGAUCUAGAGUUUGUUCGAAUAUUGCUGACAGCUCGCGACCUCAAGAUGAACAUACGCAAGCGGGCGAUUGCCAGUUUCUUCGAAUGGGACAAGCUCGAUCGGGCAGUAGGCGGCGCUCAACAAGCCUUAGGAACCAAGCUUCACCAGCAGACGAGGAAGGCCAUAGCCAAACGACAGCCCGCCCUUAUGACCGCCAUCAGAAAGUUCAAUUCAUAUUGCGAGCAGUUGGAAUCUCAUUACGACAUAUCUUCCGGCAUUCCGUUACCAUCACCUCUUCCAACGAAGCUUGCAGACUUGCGCGCUGAUCCCACACUAAUGGAGGAUGUGUGGAUAACCCCUUCAGUUGGUGAGGUACCACGGUGGUUGGAGGAUUCUGAGGUAAGGGAUGGCAUACGCGCGCUUCUCAAGCGUGAUCACUGCCAAGAAGAACGGCUGCGACUUCGCACUGAGGCAGAUAACUUGUGCCGUUUUUUCAGAGCAGAGUUGGCUGCACUCGAACUCGCUAUUCGAUCUUCGGGAAGCGAUCAUUUCACAGCUGCCCUGCAACAGCGCCAGAGCAACUUCCUUCAGACCCAAUCACGCUGGACAAACCCGCUAGCAUCUUCGGCACAGUUCACCGCGCAAGUGAACAAAGCACAACAAACUGUUCUUGGCAUUUCUGGCGACUCUCGGCAUCCUAGCAUCGCCUCGAUCCAUACUACCACAUUGGAAUCUUCGGACUUAGAGGGUGAUGAUGAUCGAACGUUUACUGAUGAAGUACUGCAUGUCGACUCGGACCAAGCCGCCCUCGCAGACCUACUGGAGGGUGAUAUGGGACCCUUAGAUCAUGACGACGCCAACGACACCACAAAUUUUGGCCACAAUGUUGACGUGAAUUUUCUCCAACCAGAUGGGUCUGAGAAUCUUCUAAUCGAUGACUACAAUGUUCCAGCUCGCAAAUCGAACAUUGUUGUGCCUGGCACCUUUACGGCGCGAGUCCGACCUCCUUGUGACGGAUUUCCCCAUCAGAUUUUUGAACCCAAAGACAUUGCCAUUCUCUGUUCCCCCGCAGCGUGUCUCAAUGACAUUUGCAUAAACAGUUGCGCUCUCAAGGUUCCCAACGUCUCUUGCGCAAUACUCUCCACUCAUGACCUUCCACGUAUCCGAUACAAUGCGCCUGAUGAAGUCAUCUGGCGUCAAUGUUCAUGGACGCAGUACUGGGAGAGAGACAUAUGGGUCCUUCCUAUACAUCGACCCUCCCACGUUGGACAUUGGGUAUUUUGUGCGAUCUACCUGCCCUCUAAGGAGUUUCACCUCUUUGAUAGCCUUGGGGAUCAAAAACCUUGGAACAUGAUAUACAACCUCUUCAAACCAACAGCUAUGACUGUGGCGUCUGGGGUUUUAGCUGCAAUCGUUGCUGUGCUUCGUGGGCGGCAUGUCAUGGGAGUACGCGAGGCUGACAUUGGUGAUCUGCGUCAUUAUCUUAGCAUGCUCGUACUUUCUCUACCAUUGGAUGUCCAACAAAUGUCUUGA